AUGGCUUCGGGAUUUUGUGACAAAUGCUCUCGACUGCUUAGAGAAUUUGGGGCUCGUUUGAGGAUACAUUGGAAAGAGCUGGUGCACAAAAUCAGGGAUGUUUUCAGAGAAAUUGUUCAGUGCACCUGUUUAACACCAGAGAGGAGGACAGCGCAUGAUUUGUCGUCUUUACCCCUCAUAUGUGAUGAUGAACUUCCAAUUCUCAGUCAGGGAAACCUUCAAGCACUCAACAGACUUGCAGCCUCACAAAAAGCUGAUCUCCAAAUGUGUGCAGCCAUGUCCUACUUACACAUCAGCCAUUGCCUGACAUCUCCUGUACCACCCCCCUUCAUGGAGCCAGUCAUGGGUCUUCUUUUAUCAAGUGACCUUGAUGUGCAAAAGACGAUCUCUCUCGCUCUGGUCAAUCUGUUAGUGAAGAAUAAUGUGUGUAAAGAGUUGGUGAUUGAAAUGGGGAUGCUGGUGCCCAUACUGGAGUUGUUCCAGUCUGGUGAUCCUGCUGCUCAGUGUCACUCUUGUGCUUGUGUUGCCCUGCUGGCAACCUCAGAGUCAAAUAGAGAUGUUUUCUUAGCAGAUGGAGUCAAACCACUGUUAGCUUUGGCAAAAUCCUAUGAUUCAAAGGUGCAACAGAAUGCAACGUGGGCUCUGUUACAUCUCACACAGUCAGACUGGUCAACGAGGAUUCUGUGUGAAGCGGGGGCCAUCCCUGUUUUGGUUCUCCUGCUACAGUCCUCAGAUUCAGAGGUUCAGUUUUACAGUUGCACUGCUUUAUGUAACAUUGCUGCUCUCCAGGAGCACCACCCGAAGCUGCUCAGCAUUGGGGGUCAUUAUCUAGCAAAAUCUCUCCUAACUCUCAUGUCUUCUUCUGUGCUAAAGAAUUCAGCCCAGGCCUGCAGGUGUCUGCAUACUCUUUUAAAGAGCGUGCUCAUCCAGGAACAGCUGAUGGAGCUCAAAAGCGUACAGCCUCUGAGGGCGCUACUGAGAACCUCAGCUCCGGUGUGGAUAGAGUCAGCUCUCACUCUGCUGUCCACACUGUCUGCACAUCCUCCAAACAAUGACAUCCUGGUGAAUGAGGGACUUUUGGGAGAAAUUGGCCAACUGCUUCUAAAUCCUAGAUUGACCUCUGUGAUCAUCACACACAGCUGCAAAAUAAUCCUUGACCUCUGUGGUUCUGGCAUGGAUGAGCAGGCUCUCAUGGAAAGUCAGUGCUUAUCGGGACUCCUCCAGGCACUAACGUCACCGUCUCUGUCAGAUGAGACGCUGGUACAUGUGACAUCAUGCUUACUUCACCUGAUGACCUGGAAUCUGUUCAGGACUGCGCUGUGUACAACAAUAACCCCAGAACAAGUUUCAAGACUGGUUAAACUUUCUGAGCAAACAAAAAGAUCCAAGUUGUCAUACAACUGUGCCGCUAUCAUUAGCAAAUUUGAAAUGACUGAGAGAUCCAUCCAGUUGCUGCGGCCUCACUAUCUUACAAUGUCUAAGUAUCUGUUGUUCUUCCUGAAACAUGAAGAUGUUAAAUUCCAGCAGCUUGGCCUAGUUACAGUCCAAAAGCUCAAAAGAGAUGGGGACUUUGCAUCACGGCUGGCUAACAGCGAGCUGGACAUUCAG